CUCUGACAGAAAUGGACCGUGAGGCUUUUUUAUCGAAGUUAUUUCUUCACAGGACAUUCUCAGGCACAUUUUCAUGAUUAUACUCUACAUUCACGCACUAUCAAGCUGUGUAGAUGGCGUUUUUUUAAGAGUGCUGUUUCAAUAACUGUAUUUACACUGAUGGUAGGUCUCGGAGUAUUGGACGGCUAUAUGAAGAUCGAGUAUGGACACGGACAACUGAAAACUCAGAUGCAGAAUGCAUUUCGUUUCUCAUUUACAUGAGCAGGAACCUUUUCACAACCACGUAUGUUAGUUUACAUGCCUUUUCAUUUUUAAACUCAUCAUCUGAGGGAUUAUUGAGGUUUAAUCGUGUUUUGAGACUGCAAUUGUGAACUGAGGACGUAUUGUCAAUUCAAUGGGAUAUUUCUGACAGUCCAACAUUGACAUAUAAACUCAGAAUAUAUUGUUCAGCACAGUGUGAAUUUCUGUUCCAGGUGGACAUAGACUAAAGUUUUGGCUUGUAAAGAUUCAUUGGCCUUCUCAGAAAUGGCUUUACCUGACAACGGCAGUGGCGUUCCUGUAGACGAACUGCCUUUUCCGGAGAUUAUCGAACUAAAUGUUGGGGGCCAGGUGUAUAUUACCCGCUUCUCAACUUUAACAAGUGUGCCAGACUCCCUCUUGUGGGAGAUGUUCAGUCAGAAGACCACCAAGGGCUUGGCUCGUGACACCAAGGGUCGUUUUUUUGUCGACAGAGAUGGCUUCCUUUUCCGUUACAUUCUAGACUACAUGCGAGACCAGCAACUUGUUCUUCCCGACCAUUUCCCUGAGCGAGGACGCUUGCAGCGAGAAGCGGAGUUCUUCAAUCUCCCUGAACUUGUCAAACUGUUGGCACCAAAGAUCAGUAAGCAGAACUCUCUGGGCGAGGAGGGCUGCCAAAGCGACCCUGAAGAGUCGUCGCCUAGCACCGACAUCGCCCGCAAUCUGGCCUCUCUGGGGGCGGCUGCGGUUGCCUGUUCCAGUCUGGCGUUGGGUGGAGGCGACGGCAAACGCUCUGGGUUCAUCACGAUUGGCUACCGGGGGUCCUACACCCUAGGCCGUGACAGUCAAACAGAUGCCAAGUUCCGGCGAGUGGCUCGGAUUAUGGUGUGUGGGAAGACCUCUCUUGCCAAGGAGGUUUUCGGGGAAACGUUGAACGAGAGCCGUGACCCUGAUCGCCCACCAGAGCGCUACACGUCCCGCUAUUACCUCAAGUUUACCUUCUUGGAGCAGGCUUUUGACAGGUUAGCCGAUGCUGGCUUCCACAUGGUGGCUUGCAACUCGACAGGGACUUGUGCCUUCGCCCACGAACAGACUGAUGACAAAAUCUGGACCAGCUACACCGAAUAUGUAUUCUACCGUGGCAAAGCAUCCAUGUCGCCCUGCAUCAGUGAGCCAGGAAGUGUCAGUGCAGAGAAGGAAGCCGUAUAUAAUCCACGUACACCCUCCAUCUGUAGCCAGGACGACACUAAUAUCCCCCUGGAUCUGGACAAUGAAUCUCUCCCAGACCCACUUCCACCACCUCCACCCAUGGACAGCCCCGAACUGCCUCUACCUCCAGAGCCGAGCCCCCCUCCUCUGCCUGACUUCAGUCCCGUGCGGCCCACCACCCUGUCUCUGAAAACACUACCCCGGCCCACCAACACCACUGUCUCUAACACCACCUCCAUCGCCAGAGAGAACGGCGGUCCGCUGAGCAAAGACUCAGAGGAAGAGGAGAAGAAAAUGAUGGAGGAAGAGCUGAAAAAGUGCAUCGAUGACUUCAGGAAGAUCCGCAUCCCCAAACUCUUCCCCGACCGCAAGAGACACUGGCAGAGUGAUCUGCUCAAGAAAUACAAUGCGUGAUGUUUUUCAUAUCAGGCCAUUGGUGAACAAAUAUAUGACUUUUGGAACAAGAAAAAACACUAUGUCUUUCAAAGUAUUUAUAUAUCCUAUUAUCCGAGACCAGACUGGAUCUGCUCCAAAACCUAGUGAACUUCCUACCUAGACAGCAUUUUUAAGGCAUCAUAGGUGGCGCUCCCAAUGCAAUGUUAGGCAGCAAAAUAAUGAUUUGCUAUAAGAUUCUAAGGCAGCAUCGCUUAUAUUCUUCACAGAUAAGGCAAACCCUAAAUGCACUGUGAUGAGCCCGGUGGAAAAAAAAUCAUCCAAGAUGGUGGAUGAAGCAAGACAAAUGUUGUUUAUAACUAUACUUAUAAGACAUUCCAAAAGUAGUGAUAAAAAAUUUACGUUGAAACUGACUUUUCCCCAAUAUGUGUUUGUGCUAUGCAUUUUGCAUUAUUGCAUUGGCAGCUUAGUAACACGUUAACCAAACUCUACUGAAAUCAAUAGAGCGCAACAGUGCCCGCCCACUUUACUAGCCGUCUUGGUUCCGAAAUAUUAUUAUUAUUAUUUUUUACAUUUUUACCAUAGGGAUUUAAUUAAAAAAUCUUCAUAAAAGAGUCGUAAGCCAUGAACCAAACCAACCGACUCUGAGGUGAAUCAAAACACACUUUGAAGCAUUAAAAUCCCAUGAAGCAUUGCAACUGAAGUAAUCUAAUUAAAAAACAAUGGAAACUAUUAUAAAAAUAAUAAAACUAUUGAUUUAAAGUUGUUUAUUUUAAGUAUAGAAACUAAAUAUUUAAUUUUUUUAGCAAAAUAUUCAGAUAAAUGCAUAUCUAAGUAGUUUGAGAGUGUAGAUAGAUGACUCGAUUGCGUCAUUCACUGCGUCAUGGGAGUGGGCGGUCGCUGCAGAGCUCUUUUGGCGCACUUUGUUUGCCACCAUUCUCUGAUUGGUGGAUCUUUUCUCUUCAGAAUCAUGGGGAGUGUAGUUCUUAGGAAUUCUGGGAUAAAAGAGUUGUAAGCCAUGAACCAAAACAACCAACUCUGUGGCAAAUCACAACAUUACAAACUUUGAUUUGAAGCAAAAAAGUAUUUGAAAAUCGUACAAAAAUUCCCAUGAAGCAUGGCAAAUAACGUAAUUGAAACUAUUAUAAAAAAUAGUAAAACUAUUGAUUAAAAGUUGUUGAUUAUAAGUUUAAAAACAAUAUACAGUAUUUAAAUUUUAUUGCAAACAUUUCAGAUAAAUGCAAAUAAGUAGUUUGCGAGCUUAUAUUGUAUCAUUCACUGCUUUAUGUGAGUGGAUGGAGCUGCAUAGCUCUUUUGAUGCACUUUGAUGGCCAUGAUUCUCUGAUUGGUGGAUCUUUCUCUUCAGAAUCAUGGGUAGUGUAGUUUUUCACCAGGAAUUCUGCUAUCAAACAGGGUUUUUUUUAAAAAUGAGAUUGACAUAACGCGGACAGAUGGCUUUAGCAGAAGCAUAUACCAUUGAUUAACGACCUCGGAGCUCAUGGUAGGUCUGUCUUUAAAGGUUUAUAAGUUAUUGUUAAAACAAAUCCUCUAUGGAGAAAAUGUAUUGGAUUUUUACUUCCAGAGCCAGACUGUUGCACUUUGUUGUGAGUCGAGUUCUCGUUUUAUUUCAUGUGACAAGUGUUAUUAUGACGCAUGGAGUCGCUGCUUACGUAGAGUGUUCCAAAUCAUUCACUUAUGAGGGUCCGUUUCAUUCAGGAUGCUGCCUUAGAAGGUUGCUACCUAUGGAGGACUUACUAAGUUUGGGAACUGAGCGAGUUUGUACACUAGAGAGUUAGAAUCAUGUAAACAAACCUUUGUUAGAACUGCUUGGGUCACUAAAGCAUCAAAACGGACGUGAUGAAGAAAUUGACAGCAAAUGUAUAUUAGUAUCUGUUUUAUGACUUUCAGGCAGGGGGUGAUUUGAGUUAUUUUUCAAGUUUAUGAUGGUCUGUUGAGAUUUUUCAAAAACUAUUUCUUACAACAUCAUUUGAGUAUGCUAUUUUCUGUAGACAGAACAUUCUUGUAUUGUGAGAUAAUACGGGGUGAUGGAAAAAGUGACUGUUAAUUUCUUUGUAGCAUGGACCAGAAAUAUAGCGGAAACCAUACAUAAAUAGUUCCUGCAAAGCUAAAUAAAGCAAACAUACUACAAGACUUAUCAAUGUGUGCAUCAAACAGUUUGUGAA